CUUCAGGCGAGUCUGCAUCUCCCGGUUCUCCCCCGAGCCAGAGGAUGGCUGUGCUUAAUCAGAAGUCUAUCUUGGAUAUGAUUAAAGAGUUCAGAAGGAAUUGGCACACUUUUUGUAACUCUGAGAGAACUACUGUAUGUGGUGCAGACUCCAUGCUCUUGGCAUUGCAGCUUUCCAUGGCAGAGAACAACAAACAGUACAGUGGAGAAUUUACAGUCUCUCUCAGCGAUGUCUUAUUGACCUGGAAAUACUUACUACAUGAGAAAUUGAACUUACCAGUUGAAAAUAUGAAACUGAUUGACCAUUAUGAGAACAUUAGGAAGAUUUAUGAUGAUUUCUUAAAGAACAGUAACAUGUUAGAUAUGAUCGAUGUUUAUAAAAAAUGUAAUGUUUUGACUUCUAAUUAUGAAAAUUAUGCGAACAUAUCUCCUAGUCAACUACGGGAUUUUCUGUCUGGCAGACAGUAUGCAGUAGAUGAUGAAACUGAUUUUUCUGAACCAGUGUCACCAAUGAGUAAACACAACCAGGAUAAUGAAAAGGUACAGUUACUAGCAAAGAAAAUUAUCUACUCAUAUUUAAACCUGCUAGUGAAUUCAAAGAAUGACUUGGCUCUGGCUCAUAUUCUCAAUAUUCCUGAUAGAGGACUUGGAAGAGAAGCCUUCACUGAUUUGAAACAUGCUGCUCGAGAGAAACAGAUGUCUAUCUUUUUGGUGGCUACAUCAUUUAUUAGAACAAUAGAGCUUGGAGGGAAAGGAUAUGCACCAUCACCAUCUGAUCCUCUAAGGACACAUAUAAAAGGAUUGUCUAAUUUUAUUAAUUUCAUUGACAAAUUAGAUGAAAUUCUUGGAGAAAUACCAAAUCCAAGUAUUGCAGGGGGUCGGAUACUCUCAGUGAUAAAGAUGCAGCUGAUUAAAGGCCAGAACAGCAGGGAUCCUUUUUAUAAAGCAGUAGAGGAAGUUGCUCAAGAUUUGGAUUUGAGGAUUAAAAGUAUUAUCAAUUCUCAACAAGGAGAUUUAGCUCUUAGUACCACUGACAUCAGUCCUGCACGGCCAAAAUCGCAUGCCAUAAACCAUGGCACUGCAUACUGUGGCAGAGAUACUGUGAAAACUUUACUAGUUCUUUUGGAUGAAGAAGCAGCCAGUGCUCCUACCAAAAACAAAGCAGAGCUUUUAUAUGACGAUGAAAACACAAUUCAUCAUAAUGGAACUUCUAUUCUUACACUUUUUAGAUCUCCCACACAAGUGAAUAAUUCAUCGAUGAAACCCCUAAGGGAACGUAUCCAUAUGUCAGUGCAAGAGAAAACAAUUAAGAUGAAGCAAACCUUAAUUAGAUCUCAGUUUGCUUGUACUUACAAAGAUGACUGCAUGAUAAGCAAGGAUAAGUGGAAUAAUGUUAAUUCAGCAUCAAAGCCUUUGUGUGUUCUUCACAUGGAAAAUGACCUUUCUGGAGGUGUAAAUUCAUCUGUUGGAAGACCAACAAUUGGAACAAGUUCUGGAAAUGUUCAUCUGGACAGAAGUAAAAGUGAAAAAGUGGCAAGAAAAUCAAUUAGUCUGACAGGAAGUAAAAGCUCAAAAAGGAAACAGGUGGAUUUGGAUGAUGAAAAUAUUCUCUGUGAUAAUGGAAAUGAACCACCUCAACACAAAAAUGUUAAGAUACCUAAGGCAUCAAAAGAUUUGCAGAGUAAAUUAGAUGGCAAACUAGUUAGAGUUGCAAAAAACAACAAAUGUACCGCCAAGGACAAAUUGAUUACUGGCCAGACAAAGUUAACUCAGUUUUUUAGACUAUGA